UUUCGCUCGAAAUUCGACAGUGUCGAAGUUUUUUGACUCGAAAUUUGACACUGUCAAAAACUGUUUGUGUUACCGGUUAAUUUACUCCAGUUUUUCUUUCGCCAUUUCAGAUAUCAAAAUCAAAGAGCAAGAUGAAGCUAGUUUAACAAAAAAGAAAAAAACCUACUUACCACCGAGAUUUAUGACAGUUGCACAAGCAGCAGAACAAAUUCUUAAGUCAUCGGAAAUGAUGCAAACUGAAGAUGUUAUUAAUGAAAAUGUAUUGUGUGUCGGUGCUUGUCGCGUUGGAUGGAAUAAUGAAAAAUUUGUUGUUAAAACGUUAAAACAAAUGUCAUUGAUGGAUCUUGGUGAACCAUUACAUUCAUUAGUGAUUGUGGGACAAUUGCAUCCAUUAGAAACUGACUUUUUAAGAAUACAUUUAUCAGAGAGUGAUAAAGAAACAUUCGAACAUGCAAUUGUAUUGAAUAAUGAAUUUUUUGAGAAAAAAUAA